CGUUGGGGGCAAGCAAGCGUGAGUAGUUAAGAUAGUUCACACAAUCUUUGUCCCUGAAUUUCUCAAAUUGCAUUACAAAAAGUGAAAAUACAAAUAAAAAAAAAUGGCUUUGUAUAAACGCGCUUUUGGUUUGGGUUUAGGUUUGAAACCUCACUUCACCAAAAUCACUUCUACCAGUAACAGCAGGCAUGUUUCACAGGCAGUUGAUUCCACCGUUAAGCGCGCAUUCCUCGUCGAUACUCUUGCACUGGUACGGAAUUUGGAAUCCAACGGGCUUCCUUCCAAACAAGCAGAAGCGAUUACUUUUGCAAUUACUGAAGUUCUUAAUGAUAGCUUGGAAAAUGUUGCUCAAUCUUUCGUUACAAAAUCUGAUAUGCUCAAGUCAGAAAUGACCCAAGAAACAAAUCUUUCAAAGUUCAAAUCUGAAGUGCAAAGUUCUCAGGAGCACCAUUUUUCUUUGUUGCAACGCGAGACUGAAAAACUUCGUAAUGACAUAGACAAGAUGAGAAGUGAAUUGAGAUAUGAGAUUGACAAAGUAACCGCCGGGCAACGAUUGGACUUGAAUCUUGAAAGAGGACGCAUUCGAGAUGAGCUUGCUAAUCAAAAUGCUGAAACCACCAAUUUGACAAACAAACUUGAUCGAGAAAUCCAUGCAUUGAGAGCCCAAUUAGAAGCCGCAAAAUAUGAUGUGAUCAAAUACUGCAUAGGUACCCUUGUAUCCAUAUCUGCAGUGGGUCUGGCUGUGAUUCGGGUCAUAUUGUAGUCUUCCGUGAAAUCAAAGGUGAAUUGUACUACGGUCUCUAUUUUCAUUUUUUCUUUAGCAUUUCGGAAAUCAAAAGAGUACCAUUGGUUUUCAUUGCUACAAGACCCACGAUUCCAUUUGUAACAUUUUUGGGUAAGCUUCAUAGAAUUACCCUUAACUUCAUGUGUAGUAUCUCCUGUCCUCAUUAAAAUGCUAGAAUUGAUUAGUUUAGUAGUUGCGAUUGAAUUGUACCAAUCAGAAAGUAGAUAGAAUUAUUAUUUGUGGAUUAGAAGAUUAAUGAAAAAUUGAAAUAUCAUUGUUAUCAA